GGAAGAAGGCCCUCAAAAUGGUGUCUCAGUCUGGGGACGUGAUCCGAACCCGUUCCAAUGGAGUGGUGCCCCACUGCAGCCAGGCCUCGGAUUGCAGACUUAAUGGGCACGUUGGACCGCUGCAGAAGAGAAUGGCUAAGGCAUUGAUAACCGGAGGAGGGGGCUACUUUGGCUACCACCUGGGCUGCGCCCUCGCCAGUGAAGACAUCAAUGUUGUUUUGUUUGACAGACAGAAACCUCGAUGGAAAGUUCCCAAUCGGGCAGUAUUUUUCCAGGGAGAUGUGAGAGAUUAUGAGGCUGUGUUCAAAGCCUGCGAAGGGGUGGACUGCGUGUUCCACGUCGCAUCAUACGGCAUGUCAGGAUCAGAGCAACUACAACGUAAAGAGCUGAUUGAAUCCAUAAACGUGGGAGGGACAAAAAUCAUCAUCAAGGUUUGCCAGCAAAGGAACAUUUCCAGACUGAUAUACACCAGUUCAGUGAAUGUUGUAUUUGGAGGGAACCCCAUUGAAGAAGGUGACGAGGAAACGGUGCCAUAUUUUCCACUGGAGAAGCACACCGACCAUUAUUCGAGAACCAAAGCAGUUGCUGAUCAGAUGAUACUGGCUGCUGAUGGGACACCUCUUAAAGGAGGGGAUAAACUUCAUACAUGUGUUAUUCGUCCACCUGGCAUCUACGGGCCGGAGGAACAGAGACACCUUCCGCGGGUAGCUAAGAACAUCCAAAGGCAGCUCUUCAGCUUUGAAUUUUGGAAUCCCAACAUCCUGAUGAACUGGGUCCACGUCCGCAACCUCGUACAAGGUCAUCUCUUGGCCUCUGCGGCCCUAACGGCUGAGAGAGGCUACAUCGCUAGUGGUCAGGCGUAUUAUAUAAAUGAUGGCGAGAAUGUCAUUUUUUCUGAAUGGAUAACCCCACUGUUUGAAAAACUGGGCUACAGGAAGCCGCAGAUACACAUUCCUGCUUUUUUUGUUACUGCAACAGCUGCCUUGCUGGAAUAUCUACACCUGCUUCUUAAACCAGUUGUCAACUUCACACCCAUCGUGACCAGAAACGAGAUCAGAAAUCUGACGGUCACUCACACUUUUCGAAUAGACAAGGCCCGGAAACAACUGGGUUACCACCCCAAAAAGUUCACACUGGCCGAUACCGUGGAUCAUUACCUGAAAACAAGGUCCCCGUGCCAAGAUCAAGCAUUCUCCCCCAUGCUGUUCCUUACGUUCAGCCUGUUCUUAUCCGUGAUCUUUCUGUCUUUCCUUUUUUAA